AUGGAAGCAGACGCUGAAAUUGAAGCAUUGCGAUCGAUUUUUGGCGAUGAGAUCUCGGUUAACUCCAACCAUGACCGGUCACUCACGACAGUGCGCAAAAAGGUUCGACCCAAUGAUGAGGAGGGUGUUUCGUCUGCUUCGAUAGUUGUAGAAUUCGAAUUAGGACCGGAGUAUCCGGAGGUGUCACCAAAGGUUCGGCUUUCCAAUCCGAGGGGGAUAUCUGAACAGUCGCACCAUCAGCUCAUUGAAGAAGUAUCCCAACGACUCCGCGAACUUCGUUGGAGCUCCUGUUGUCACUGUGCUGACUUUAUUCUGGAGCAUCAACACUCAUCAUCGUUAGCCUGUCCGAUUUGUCUAUGCCCAUUGACUUCAGCUGGUGUCUCCGCUACACCAUGUGACCAUUACGCCCAUACUGAGUGCCUUGAACUGCAUGCUGAACACACUCGGAAACAGUUAGGAGAGAAACUUGCUGCUAGAGGCUUCAAGAUGUGUGAUGACGUCGAUAGGGUAGGUACUGACGAAUUUCCAGAAGGUGAACUCGCGCCGUCACGCAUUUUCAUUCAGUCUCUGCGAUGUCCUGUCUGUAGAGUGGUGAUAGAAGAAGAGGUGGAGCCCAUUCUUCAACCGUCACCACCUGGUCGGAGAAGGCGUGCUAGCCUGAAAGAGCGCGAGACCACGCCAGCGCGCCGCCUUGUCCAACAAGGAUCGCACACAGAUUUCGAGUUCGACUGGGAACGAUGGCGGCAACAGCAAGCUUCUCUAAUGGCUAUUUAUGAGAGGCAGAAGCAAAAAGGUGGUAUUAUCGACCUUGAAGAAGAGAGGAAGAAAAAUCUUAUCACUGAGGACACGGUGGUAGAACUGACGAGGGAACUGGAAAACCUGAUCACUGAGCCAUCCAUAUCCGGACCAGUACAAACGAAUGACGAGGUGGAGCCUGCACACGUGACAUCGGACGCUCCCCCAGGAUUUGAAGAUGUGCUACCGGCUAAUCCACCGCCCCAUAGCCAGCACCAACGGGGCGGUAACACUCAUCGCGGUCGAGGACGGGGCAGGCGGUUCCAUGAUGGUCAUUACAGAGGAGGAAAUAGAGGAGGAGGUCGUCGUGAACACCAUAGUGAUAAAAACCAAGCAGGCACUGUCGAUAGUGAAGGUCCAGGCCAUGGUAUAUCGCCCUCAGCACUUACAAGUAAGCAGGGAGCUGAUGUAGCUGGCGAAUCGAGCCAGGAACGCCGAGGUAACGUUUACUCAGGCUCUGGUCCAAAACGCCAUCCUCAUCACCGCGGUCGUUAUCAUAAAACUGGUCAUCGCCCUCCUCAUAAUGUCACCGAACGAGCUCCUCCUGUUUCACCGGAGCACUUGUGA